GAUCAACUCAAUUCCGCAAUUUUCGGAAAAGUUCGGUUACUUGAGAUCAGCCUUUUGCGACGCAACCUUUCUUCUUCCUCUAAUGGGUACCAUUCCUUUGUUAUCAGAGCCAUGGCUAAGAAGAAUAAUAACAAUAACGUCUACAGCAGAAGGACAUGUAUGGUGGAGCGUUGGAUAUACAAUCUUAUGCAUUAUUUGAUAAGGCCUUCCUUGGUAAACAGCUAUGGACAGAUUUUAGGGUUGCACCAUUGUGCAAAAGAUUGAGCUGUUCAGAUUCUGGUCUCAUAUGGAUGGAGAGAGCCUUCUCAAUGGGAUGUAGAACCAAAGUGGAGAGUUCAUAGACAAGAUAGAACCCCUCUUAUUAUGACAUGGAGAUUGGUGGUGCUGGUGGUGGUGGGGUUUCCUGGACAUCCCUGUUUCUGAAUAUCUUUUGGUGGGCAUAUGUAUAUAAAUGCUCGAGUGAGUGAUUGUAUUCCAUGCGGCUUAGAGUAUUGGUUGUUUGACAAUUAGUAAUUGUCAAUUAGAGACUUUUCCAUUUCUCUUUUCCUUUUUGUGGUUGAUAGAGUGUGGCCAUGAAUUUGCAGAGUUAUCAAUGUGCCCUUGUCAGCAUAAGUAUUAAGGAACGAGUAAACUUCCCUUAGAAAGCCAUGUUGGUUACUAUCAGGGUUGCUACUUUUCUGUCUUUUUUUCUUUUAAAGAAAAGAUGUAAGUUGCGUAGGAUAGGUGCUUGGCCAUUGGCAACCUUCAGAAAUCCAAACUGUCAUGGCUGGCAGGAUUGAUCUUUGGAAGAAUGUAAGUGAGGCAUGCCAUUUUAUGAGGUGCAUAUGGGCUAGACAGGCCCCUUUACAUUAAGCGAUUAGUAGUUAUCAUCGAAUAAAUUUCUUUAGCUCAAGUUGGAUUAAAAGCAUGGAAUGUAUUUGCACUCUCAUCUUAUUAAAGUUUAGCACCAUGAAAAUGGAGCUCAUAUUGCCCAUUAUACAGGCGACUUUCAUCAUAUGCAAUUAAUUAGUCAUCCAGUUAUGAAACCUUGGAGAAAGAGGAUGAAUUAAAUUGAGCUGCUAAGUAUAAUAGGAUUACUUGGGUGACUGCAGAAUGAAAGAAAUUGAAGCAAUUUUUGAUGUUAACCUUCAUUGUCCUCUUGUCAGGGAAAAUCAUAGGAAGAAGAACGAGUAAAUCCCCACAUAAGUCUUGUUCAAGCUUUGUACACUACUGGGGUGUUCUUUAAUUUGGGAGGUUUUAUGGAGAAGUCCUUGACCACUGACAACCUUCAAAAUGAUGAAAUUAUUAUGGCUGCUGGGUGUUAUCUUUGGGAGAAUGUAAGUUAGCAAUUGAUCUGCUUUUAAAAGGAUGCUUUUGUGCUGGACAGCUUUGGGCAUUGGAAUAUGUUGUCAUGGAAGUACCUUGGGAAAUGGUGAUCGACCUAAUCCAGAAGGAGAUGGUCUUAAAGGAAGUAAUUCUUCUGAUAGCAAAAAGUCUAAUGACAGUGCUUCCCAGAAGUCUCAUCGUGUGAAUCUGGACUGGCGAGAGUUCAGAGCAAAAAUGGUUAUCCAAGAGCAGGCAGAGAUUGCAGAGAUUGAUGCUGCUAACCAAGUAAUUACGCCCCGAGAUUCCAAACCACUUGGCCUGAAAUGGGCCCAUCCUAUUUCAGUACCUGAGACUGGCUGCGUCCUUGUUGCCACAGAAAAACUUGAUGGAGUGCGCACCUUUGAGAGGACAGUUGUUCUCCUUCUGAGAUCAGGAACUAGACAUCCGCAGGAGGGGCCAUUUGGAGUUGUCAUAAACCGGCCGCUGAACAAAAAGAUCAAACACAUGAAGCCCACGAAUAAAGAACUUGCGACCACUUUUGCAGAUUGUUCUUUACAUUUUGGCGGGCCUCUUGAGGCAAGCAUGUUUUUGUUACAAACAGGAGAGAAGGAAAAGCUUCCUGGUUUUGAAGAAGUGAUCCCUGGCUUAUGCUUUGGUGCGAGAAAUAGCUUGGAUGAAGCAGCAGCACUUGUGAAGAAAGGAGUCCUGAAGCCUCAGGAUUUCAGAUUCUUUGUUGGUUACGCCGGGUGGCAGCUAGAUCAGUUAAGGGAGGAGAUUGAAUCAGACUAUUGGUAUGUAGCCUCGUGUAGUUCAAACUUGAUUUGCGGGAAUUCGUCAGAUUCAUCAUCGGAGAGUCUGUGGGAGGAGAUUUUGCAGCUAAUGGGUGGUCAUUACUCAGAACUGAGCCGAAAGCCGAAGCAAGACAUGUAGGUAAGAUUGAAAAAUGAGUGUCUAUAGAAUUAAGGAAGUAAAACUGGCAGCAAAAAACACUAUGCAGCCUAGGCAUUCAUGGAAGCCGAAUGUACAGAAACACUCACUCUCUUAUUGUUCAGAACAUCCUUUAUUAUUUUUUUCUUCUUUAUCGUCUCAUUUUCUCUGAUAGUAGUAAUGGUUCAUGUAUUUAGUACUACGCCUUAUCUUAAGUAAAUUAUAUCUCCUCUUUGCAA